CUUGCCCACCUCCCGCGCAUGAUCGCGCGUCACUUGCGUCCAACAUCUCGGCGCCGUUUCUCCGUUCAACGCCUCGACCCUUCGACCUCUUGCGCGCAUCACCGCACGAUGCGCGCCAUACGCCCGAUAGCCAUUCCUCAUCGAUCCCUUUGCCCCCUGACGGCCAUGGAUCCCAACCAUCCAACCCAAUACAGUCAUCUGCACGCACAAUCCAGCCAUCUUCCGUUCCUAGCCUUCAUCGUCUUUGAAACUCUGUACCACAACUUUACUCCUUUGAGGAAAGAUAUGACAGAAGUGCUCGAGGCCAUGGAACAGAAGAUGUCAACUGAGGACGUAACUUGGCCAAAGAAAAGGUUCACCGGUCCACUUCGGCCCCGGUCGGAUUUGUAUUGUCGAUUUCACAAGGAUUACGGCCAUACCACGGAGAACUGCAGGCAUUUGAAAGAUGAGAUUGAGAGGUUGAUUCAGGCAGGAUAUCUGAAGGAGUUUGUCUAUCACGACAGGGUGAGAGGAAAAGGCAGGAGGAGAUGUAGAGAUGAUUCCGAGGAGAGGAGUGAUAGGGAUGGAGAAGGAGAUGGAGGGGAUGGCCGAGGAAAGAGGUCGAGAAAGGAGGGAGAUAGAGAAGGGCAAGGAGGAGGGGCCCCGCCGAAGAGAGGAACGAUUUACAUGAUUUCUGGGGGGCCAACAGAUGGUGACUCGAACAGAUCGAGGAAGGAGCAUGCGCGAGCGGUGAAAAGAAAGAGAGAGGAGGUGGGGAUAACAACGCGCAUGCUAGUAAUAAGUUUUAAGGCGGAGGAUGCCGAGGGGGUAGUUUUACCCCACAAUGAUGCUCUGGUGAUAACCGCGGAGGUUGCGGGUUUUUAUGUAAAGAGGGUGUUUAUUGAUACCGGGAGUUCGGUGGAUGUCAU